AUGGCGAUUAGCAUUUUACAAAGUUUGCUGGACUUUCAUGAACCUUUGCUAAAAGAGAAAUGCCAUCAGAUAUUGAUCCUAGAUUCAUUACAGAGCAUUAAGAUAAACCAGUUUGACCAAAACAGAAUCUUCACUGACACAGAUUCUAAAGUGUCCAUUCAAGUGGUUGACAACAAACAGAAUUAUGAAGGAUGCCAAGAUAUAGCCCAAACCAAAAAUUGUUUUCAAAUGCAUGCUGUAAUAACAGAUUGGGGAAAGAGCAGUUAUGAAGACAGUUCUAAUAACAUUUCAAAAAUUGGAAAGCAGAAUAAAAAUGACAUCAAUAAUUUUAAAUUACAAAAAGAAUUACGUUAUACAAAAAUCAGUAGCACUGAUAAUGAUAUCUUGGAUGAAAAGAAUAUGUUAUCGAGUUCAGGAAGUGACGAUGAUCUCACAUUUGUUAAAGAAGCAUAUGUUCACCAAGGAAUUUCAGGUGCUGAUGUGAUUUUCCAUAAGAAUUCUGUUUCCUCCAGCAGUGUGAAUUGUCAGGAUGAAGCUUUAGAUGAAGAAGCAGAAAGCGAUGAUCAUAAACCACCUAAAAUACAAGAGAAGAUUUACAUUCAAGAGCAGAGGAGUUUUAAUAUGGUUGAAGAAAGAAGGAAAGACAGAGACACAAAAUAUGAUCUGUUGAGUGGUGGCAGUGACAAUGAAACAAAGUACAUGACUGAUAUCAUGGAAUCAGAAAAAAUGGACAGCAUUAACGGGAAUAGUAAGGAUUUAGAUACCGAAGCUACAGACGAAAAACAGGAUGUGGAAAAGACAGAAAAAUGUCUUGAGAUGGCGUAUGCAGAGCAUCAAAAUUAUAACCAAAUGCUUAACACUGAAAUAUUCUCAGAAUUCACACUUCUGCCAUUAUCAUUAUCCCUCUCACUUUUGCCAAUGACAGAGUCUGUUUUUGUGGAAGAGAAGUUCAAAGGAUACUCUCUGUUGGAUUCACUUAAAUCAGCUGUAUCAUGUGACAAAAGCAGAACCUGGCCAGAUAGCAGUAAUUACCCCCGCAAUAUAUUUGCAUCCAGACAGACAAACAUGUCUUCAAUUUUUGUCACAGAUGAUAUAUUUUCCCAGACUACUGACCAACUCAAACAGCAUGAAAACAUUUUCUUUCUUACUGACAAGAAGACCUGCAACCUGGAUAUAUUUUCAAACUCAAUUGAUUGGAAUGUUUUUAAAAUUUCGGUCUCGCAGAAAUGUGAGAGUAAAGAUUUUUUUGAGAUGAAACAUUGGAACCAAGAAGUAUAUCAAGAUACAGAACGCAGGUGCAAUUACCAGAAUAUUGCAAAUAAUGGGUUCAUUGAUGACCAUGAUAGUCAGACUGAUAUGUCUUCCUAUGGUACUGAUAUGGUCGACAUGUUUGAAAGUGACUUUGAAAAAUGCAAGGAUCCAGAGUACUUUCAAAAUGACAAGGAUUUGGAGAGAAAGGGAAGAGAUGAUUUCUGUGAGGGCCUGAUUGAACAAAACAGCGUGGAGGAACUAUCAGAAAAAGAAGAUAGUUUGUUAGAGUAUGUCUGGGAUUUUGAAGACAGCUCCAAUAAGCAGACUGAUGACUGCUUUUGGAAAGAGGAGAGUAUAAAAACUGUUGACUUAUUUGACACUUCAGAUGAAAAUUCAGAGAAUAACAAAGGUUGUAACCUGUACCUUAGUGGAAACCCUCCCAUUAGACUACAUUUGGUUGAAGCCAGAGUCCACACUCGUUCAGGAAAUGGGAGAAAGCAGAAUGGAAAUUAUGGCAGUUCAGGUGCUGGAUCAGCAGAUGCAUACAGUACUAUUAUUUACAAUUAUUUUCAGGGUAAUGGGAAUGACUCAGCUCAGAGAGGAAAUGGAAGUGGAAGACAAAGCGGCAGUUCCAGUGGCUCUGGUGGAAAUGGAAACAACAACAACAACAACAAUGGUGGUAACAGUAAAAAAGGUGCAGAACAGAAAGAUAACACUGUGCACAAAAGAAUCAAGGAGAAAAAAGCUGAAAAGAAAACUGAUUCUCUUGGUGUGAGGUCUUACUCGCCAGAGAACCAGACCUUGUCACCAUCGCUGCCUCCGCCAGUGCUAGACCCCCGCCAUCUUGCCGAACGCAAUUCCGUGGAAAUGGCCAGGCCAUUUUAUAAUGAAACAUCGGCAGAGGUGCUUUCACCAAAUGUAGCUGCAGCAGCCUCUGGCCAGCAAGAAGGAGCACUUGGUUUACCUGAAGGUGUCUCUGAUGGACAGAACUCUCUCUGCGAGGAAGAGGAAGAGGAGGUCAGCUUUCAGCAUGCUGCUAUGUCUGUUGAGCAGCUGUGUGACAUCAUUGGGAAUUCUACACGUAGUUAUCCUUCUGGAUCAGACACAUUCGCCACCCUAAACAUCUGUUUGACCCGCAUAGUUCAUGACCUGUCGCUGGCAGCAGAUGACAACGAGGGAGCACCUUUUGACAACUGUAGUGUCUGUCUGGUUCUGUCUCAACUGCUUAUCCACCUGGCGGACCCGGGACAUGAUGGUUGCAUGAGAUCCUGUGACCAGUGUUCUCAGAUAUUCCACCUCAUCAUGGAGCACUGCAUUGGCUGCAUUGCAAAUGACCGGCCAAAGUCACGAAUCACACAGUCUGACCUUUGCUACAAAAUAUGCAAAUAUUCACAGUGGAAUAUUGAGCAGCUUUGUCAAAGUUCUAACAAACUAAAAGGCAAGAUGCAGAAAUACUGUGAUAAAGUUUUAGGCAGUUCUUUGGAUAUGGUACCUAACAGACCCUCAAAGGUAGCAGACUCAGAAGGCAUAGGUGAGAUAGGUGAAACUAUGUUUAUGGAAGCUCCAAGUACUGGUAUCAGCUCCACAUCGCUGUCCCUCGGUGGAAACAUCGUUGCCACAGAGACAGGUGAACCAGAUCAAAGACCAUAUUUUGAUCAUACUAACCAUACUGCUGCAUUUGGAAGUAUUGGGGCUGAUCCUGAUAGUCAUGCAAAGCUAUCUCGUAAACCAAGUCAUCCUAGGAAGACACCAGCUAUUCCACAGCCAAUUCCUGAAGAUUCACAACCAGAGUCAGACACUUCUAUAAGUGAUGACACUAAGAGUAUCAUCUAUCAAAGAAUGCUGAGAAUAUAUGGAAGCCAACAUCGCUAUGGCAGUCUUCAGGAAGGCAAUGUACAUGACGUCGAACAGUUUUUGUCUGCAUCAGACCAGCCAAAAGGGACACCAGGCAUCGGAGAAGUUGUCUUCAGUCAUCCUCCUCAGCUGAAGAUUGUAGCAGGUUUUUGGGACAAGAAGAGAGAGGAAUGUGAGAGGACUCAUACUUGUCCAUACCAGCACAGGGAAGAAGGAGUUAUCCUAGCUGAAUAUAAGGACCAUUUUGGCAUUCUGUGUACACGAUAUCAGAAACACCAUCAGUGGGAGAGAGUCAGUCACCUUGGAAAUGGAAUGUCAGGAAAGUGCCACCUGGCAAUUGAUCUAAAAACAAACUUUAAAUUUUGCUGCAAGAAGAUUCACCUGUUGAGGUACACAGAAGAAGAACUGACACUGUGGAGUGAGAUGAAAAACCCCUACGUUGUAAAGCUGUAUGGGGCUAUACGUCAUGGUGUGAAGAUAUACAUAUUCUCAGAGUUCAUUGAUGGAGGAAGUCUGGCUGCAUGCAUAGAAGAGCAGAAGUACUUAGGCCGGCGUCUGAGUCAUUGGUCUGCGAUCAACUACUUCCAGCAGUUGCUGAAAGUUCUGGCCUUUUUACAGAAAAAGAAUAUCCUUCAUGAGGAUAUUAAAGCGGACAACAUCCUACUUCGACGCAACAGCAUUUAUUUGGCUGUGACUGAUUUUGGCACCUCUCGGCGCCUGCAAGACCCCAAGGAGCUGAAAAACAAAUCCCCUGUUGGCAGCCCAACACACUGGAGCCCUGAAAAGGCUUCCAUGGAAGGACAUGGUUUUUCCUCUGAUCUGUGGGCAGCCGUUUGUGUGUUAGUGCAUAUGUUGAGUGGAGAACCUCCAUGGGUGAAGAGGUUUAUGAACAGGGUUGCUAUCUUGAAUUUCAUUAUUUUUCAAAGAUCACCUCCAAUGGAAGAUGUCCCAAGCAAUAUACAGCUUGUAGUUAGGGACCUUAUAGCAAAGGGUUUCAUUAGGGAUCCUCAAGCCCGACCUAGUUCCAGUGAGCUGCUGCAGCAUCCAGCUUUCAAGAUCCUAGAUGAGGGCACACCUGAAACAUACUUCUCAACACUGACCUCCAUGGCACACGGAUUCCCUGUCAUCCAAGCUGCUGUUGGAGGAGUGGAGCAACCGACUGUUAGAAGAGAUGUAACAAUGUUUAGUACUGCUGAUUCUGCUGCAGCUGACGCUACAGUUCUGUACGCAGGAACAGUUAAAACUGGGCCGUAUCAGGAGUCUGACAGUCGACCUGACAACUUGAACAAGCAGCAGAGUGAAAGAAUACCAGAAAUAAUAAAUCCUAAUGAGGUUGUUAGGACAGUAGACCAGCAGCAGAAUGAAGAAGAUGGGAACAAAACAACUGUGAUUGAUCAGUCAGAAAUUGACAAAGGUGUUGUUAGAGAUGAAGGGCAGGCAGCAGCCGCCGAGACACAGAAUGAAAAGCUACCAAAUGUACCCACCAUGGCAAGCUCUGCUGCAGCGGGAGAUAAGGUGUCAGCUGCGGGCGGCAGUGUGGAUUCAAAGGUGCGUCAGUUGGUAGGACCUCUUGACAUUGAUAGUCUUCUUCCACAGUUUAAUGAGCUGUUUGUGUCUGGAGAUUCCCUUAGUAUUCAGUCGAUUAAAUCAUUCUUUGCUGAUGCUUACAACACAGAGGAGUUCAGUGGUGCCAAACCAUCACCAUUGGAAAGGUUUAAACCAGAACUGAAACAAGAUGCACUCCCCAAUCUGUCAAUAUUUUAUUGCGAAAUGGCACCAGCAACCAGACAGCAGGAUGGUGUAUCUGAGAGUGAGAAUUUCAUUUCUGAUAUCUCUCAGAUUAGUGCUUUGCCAGGAAUAACCAACACCCCAAUUAGGGAUAGGUUACAAGGUAGAAAACCACAUUCUCAGAACCCAAUCAGCUUUAUGCUGUCUUCAGAAUCAGAUGAAUGUACUAGUGCUGACCUGUUUGAACCAGAUCCUGCUGCUAAAAUGUCAGACUCUGGUCAUGGUAACAAUAUCAACGAUGCCCAUGCUGAAGCUAGUGGACCAGAAACACCAAGGCCCAGUAUGAAUCCUCCAGAGGACAUGAGCCCUACAGCCAGCACAGGCAGUUCAUCUAACACAUCUACUCUUCAGAUGAGAAAGCCGACAAAUCUGACUCUGCAUUGCACCCCAUUGCCUCCUGAGCUGCCACAUAGCCAUUCCGACAUUCCACUUCUAACAGCCCCAUCUGUUCAUGAAAGCGAAAUGAAGCAUCGCUCAAACACUUGGUCUCAGCUACCAUCAACCCACAAUCCACAUCAUACUGGUGGCACUCCUAGCUCAAGUCAGGCAGCCUCGGCACUAAAGAAGACAAAUGGUGCAUCAAUACCUAGCACAGCUUCAUCUGGCCACUCUCAGUUCUCCUACCAUCGCAGUUCAGUCAAGGAAGAACAGGAGAAGAGGAUUCAAGAGUUAACAA